GUGGUCAAGGACGCCAGAGAAGCUGCUUUUUGCUUGCCAGAGCCAGCACCUUUGGGCGGGACAAAGAGCCCCUGCCGCAGCUCUGUUGCCAGGCAAGGACCACUGGCGCCCAGCUCCCCGCAGCCAGCCGGCUUCUUCAGGGCUCUGGUUAGGGUCAUGGCCAGACCUGCUCUGGACCCUGCUCUCGACAGCACAGCCCUGUACACCUAACCACCCUGUAUCCUCCUAAUCGCUGCAGGGUUUCCUGGCCGUCCCUUUACUCCACCCUCUGCCAGGUCUACCCGUCCGUCCUACAGAGCAGCUUGGUGCCACCGGCUUGGAUGGACGUGCUGAGGCUGCCCCAGCGUCCUGGGGUCUUGCUUCCGAAGUUGGUUCUGCUCUUUGUCUACGCAGAGGAUUGCCUUGCUCAGUGUGGCAAAGACUGCAGGUCUUACUGCUGCGAUGGAAGUACCCCCUACUGUUGCUCCUACUAUGCCUACAUUGGGAACAUUCUCUCUUCUUAUUCUGGGCAAGAUGGAGGAAAACAUACUCUGUCCCAUGUCGACACCAGAACCAGCUCUCCACCCUUGACAAGGGGCACUGCGAUUGCCGGUAUCGUGUUUGGAAUCGUGUUCAUCAUGGGGGUCAUUGCAGGAAUCGCCAUAUGCAUCUGCAUGUGCAUGAAGAAUAACCGGGGGACCCGCGUAGGUGUCAUCAGAGCAACCCACAUCAACGCCAUCUCCUCUUAUCCUGUGGCGCCACCCCCCUACACUUACGACCACGAGAUGGAAUAUUGUACAGACUUACCUCCACCGUACUCUCCGACCCCUCAAGCUUCAGCCCAGCGCUCCCCACCCCCUCCUUAUCCUGGAAAUUCAAGGAAACAUUCCUCCUCCCACAACAGAAUAUGUGCUAAUUAGCAAUUUUUGCCAGAAUGGAAUGCCUUAAUUUAGAAACAUGCCAAACAAAUGAUUGUCUACUGGUUAAGGACAGAUAAUAUCUCAGGCAGAAUGCCCAUGUGGAUACAAGGGUCCCUACCCUGCCCGGAGUUGACCCUAGGUGGAGAUUUAUGCUUGGUUCUCUGCUGUCACACAUAAAGGGAUCUACUGAUCCACACAAGUACUAUCAGAUUAGAGCAGUGCACUUGGCAGGCCAUCUGCUAAUCAUGCUGCGUUAGAACUAGCUGAAGGAAGUUUCAACAUUGAACCUGGAAUAAAGAAGAAAAGAGGAUAGUCUGGGUUAUAUCAGGAAGCAGGUGUAUUCCAUAUAGCUUUAGUAGAACAAUAAUUACUCAUUAUUUUGUUUGUCCACAAAUAUGCAUUAUGUGCCUUCAAGUCUAUUCUGUGCCGGCACCAUUAGAGGCACUGGAUAGAAGAAACCAGAAGGAACUUGUGGUUUUAGCACAGGCUUACCUCAUCUUGUUGCACUUUGCCCUUUUGCACUUUUCAGGUGUUGCAUUUUUUACACCAUGAAGGUUUAUGGUAACCUUGCACCAAACCGUAUCGUUCACCCAGCAGUAGGAGCUCACAUCCUAUCUUUGUAUCACAUUUGGUAAUUCUCACAAAAUUUCAAAUGCUGUCGUUGCUGUUAUUAUGUCUGCUAUGGUGAUCUGUCAUUGGAUAAGAGUUGAUACUGUCAUAGUAGUCUCCUGUUUUGUUUUGAACUCUGUCCCUAUAAGACAGCGAGCUUAGUACAUUCAUAAAUAUUGUGUGCACUGUGUCUGCUCCACUGAAAAACUCCUCCCCUUACCCUUUCUUCCCCUUCCCUUACCCUCUCUUUUCUGAUAACAGUAUUGAAAUCAGGCAUAUUAUUAAGCCAACAAUGACCUCUAAGUGUGGAAGCUAAAAGAAGAAUAUAGCUCUUGCUUUAAACUCAAAGCUGGAAAUAAUUUAUCUCGGUGAGAAAGGCUUGGUCAAAUCUGGGACAGGCUGAAAGGUUGGUGUCUUAUACCAGUUCAUAAACUAAGCUUUAAAUAUAAAUGGGGAUUUCUUGAAGGAAACUAAACUUAUUUCUUUCCAAGCACAUGUAAAGAAAGAGAAAGGUGACCCAUUGUUCAUAAGGAGGACUCUUUAGUGGUAUGGGUAGCAGAUCAAAACAUCCACAUUCCCUUAAGUCAUAAAGCUUAAUCCAGAGUUAGGACUGAGCUCUCUUCCUCCCACAGAGGUGGGCAGGAGAGAGAAUUGAAGGUCUCAGAUCAGGUCCUGAAGUGGAGUAGCUACCUCUCCAACAGCAAAGUGAACAGUGAGGCAGCAGACACUGAUGUGUAGGCCUCAGCCUGUUCUCCCACAGACCAAGUUAGGAUCGCACAUAAAGAUGGUUACAGUAAAACAAAGUCUAGAUGAAAGUAAAGGGCUCUACUGUUGGCAGACAAGGCCUUUAGAACUUCCACACUCAGCAGAAAAAGUCAUCCUAACUCCAAAGCCUUAAAACAUAGGCUGCCUUUCUUGUUAGUGUCUAUGACACAAAUGGCAACCUUCAGAUAAAGCCAAUACCCAAUGUUCAUUUACUAGCCAAAAAUCCUUAAGAAUAUACUAAAUCUACUCAGUCUAUAUAGAGAACAAGCAAGUCAAUUUUCAGUUACAAGAAGUGUAGUCUAAUAAAUAUUUUAAGCCAAGUGUUGGAAUUUACUGCUCAGGGGAAAACAAGAUUCCUUUCAAAAUGUUACUGCUCACUGGCAAGGCAUUGGUAAUCCAAGAGCUCACAUGGAGAUGGAGAAGAGACAAAGAUAUUUCCAUGUUACUCAUGUCCGAAGCCUACUGUGUCCCAUAGACUCUGGGUAACUUCACCUUUCAAGCCUUACUACUUAGGAACUGUCUUUUAUAAGGUCAUGGCUGACAUAAAAAUGGGAUCUUCUGGAGGUUUAACAAAAUACAUUAGAGGCAUCCUGGAAAAAAACUUGCCAUUGUAUAAGACAUUAAAAUCAUCCAUGAUUCAUGAAAACAGAUCAGGAUAUCAAUAUUAAUAUUCAUCUCAAAGAAGUUGCUUUCAACGUCCGUGCAUAAUUUUGGUAGUUUGAAGACUUUGGUGGAGGAAGAACCUACAGAUAUGGUAGAAUCAUAAAGAAAUUGAAUUAGAGAUAGAAUUUAAAGAUUUUUUAACUCAAUUAUACUUUGUAAUAUCACUGCCAGAUGAGCAAUUGCUCCUUAAGAGUGAGCCCUGCAAAGUGGUUUCUUUGGGUGAGAUAUUCUCCUGGAGAAAGGUGCUGUGGGCAGAGAUGAGAUGAUAGGAGAGGGUUUGCUUUUAAGUCAUUUGAUAAGUCAGCAGCAAAAUUGGAGAUGACUACAAAUUUGAAGGAAGAUACACUGUUUAUUAAAAGCUACCAAAGGGCAUCACACGCUGCAGAGAAGCCUUUUGUAGACAGCAGGCUGCACUGUCAUUUGAAAGAACUAACAGCCAUCCAGCGUCAGCAACCACCAGGCUAGUCACUAAACAACUCUCACAUCACCAACGACCAAAAGAUGUGCGUCCGCUGAAAGCUCAGUUGCCUUUUAUCAGCAAUAAAAAAAAAUUUUAAUACAGGUGUCUACAUUACUUUGAAGAAACUUAAUAAAUGCAGUCUAAGCAUAACUUUAA